AGAGCGGCGGUUGGCGUGGCGGCGGGAGGCCGUUUUUCCUGCCUUCGGAGAGGAAAGCAGCCGGACGCGCCCCGGGAGCCCCGUCGCCGCCCUUCCAUCCAUCCAUCCCGCCAUCCCGCCAUCCCGCCUCGCCAUGUCGGGCCGCGCCAGGGCCAGAGCCAGAGGCCGAGUCCGGCCUGCGCAGCCCCAGGACGACGCCGCCGCCGCCUCAGCCGUGGGCCUCGCCGCCGGAGCCGGAGCCGCGCUUCAGCCCCUCCUGGGUUAUGGAGCCCCUCGGCCUGGGCAGCAGCCGCCUCAGCCGGAGCCGCCGGCAGAAGGGCCGCUCAUCGGUCGCGGGCGCCAGAGAGGAGGAGGGCUGCCUGCACAGGGCCCCCCCAAGGAACUAGAAAUCUCAGCAGGGUUUCAAGAAAUGUCAUUGGGGGAGAGAGGCGGGUAUCGAAGGAAUUACAAUGACAUUGGUGUCUACACCCGCCAGUCGAUGGAACAUGUUAAGGAGGCUAAAACUGGUGUUUCGGGGACUGCAAUCGCCUUGAGCACCAACCACUUCCGCCUGACUUCGCGCCCCCAGUGGACCUUGUACCAGUACCACAUUGAUUUCAGCCCACCCAUGGAGUCUCGGCGCCUGCGCUGCGCCCUCCUGUUCCAGCAUGAGGACAUCCUUGGGAGGACACACGCCUUUGACGGGACCAUCUUGUUUCUGCCCAAGAAAGUGGGGAACAAGGUUACCGAAGUUUAUAGCCAGACCAGGCAGGGAGAGACGGUGAAGAUUACCAUCACCUUAACCAAUGAGUUGCCAUCGACCUCACCAACGUGCCUCCAGUUCUACAACAUUAUUUUCAGAAGAGUGCUGAAAAUAAUGAAUUUGCAACAAAUUGGGCGGAAUUACUACAAUCCCAGUGACCCCAUCAGUGUUCCAAAACACCGGCUGAUGGUGUGGCCGGGCUUCACCACCUCCAUCUUGCAGUACGAGACCAGCGUCAUGCUCUGCUCUGACGUGAGCCACAAGGUCCUCCGGAGCGAGACCGUCCUGGACUUCAUGUACUCCUUGUAUGAGCAAGUGGGGGAGCAGAGGUUCAAGGAGGCGUGCGCUAAGGAACUGGUCGGCCUGAUUGUCCUCACGAGGUAUAAUAACAAAACGUAUCGUGUGGAUGACAUUUCUUGGGAUUCCAGUCCUAAGGAUAGAUUCAAGAAGGCCGAUGGGUCAGAGAUCAGCUUUGUGGAUUACUACCAAAUGCAAUACAACCAGGAAGUCAAGGACCUGAACCAGCCUCUGCUGCUGAGCCAGCCAAAGAGGAAGAGGGGCCCCGGAGGCGCAGUGCCCGGCCCAGCCGCCCUCGUCCCCGAGCUCUGCUUCCUGACCGGGCUGACGGAUAAAAUGCGGAGUGACUUCUCCGUCAUGAAGGACCUCGCUGUCCACACCCGGCUUGCACCGGAACAAAGGAUGCGUGAGAUUGGGAAGCUGGUGGAUUACAUCAAUAAGGAUGCGAACGUUCAGCAAGAACUGCGAGACUGGGGUUUGAGCUUUGACUCCAACUUGCUGUCCUUCUCGGGGCGAGUCGUUCAGUCCGAGAGGAUCCACCAGGGAGGGAAAGUGUUCGACUACAACCCGCAAGCGGCCGACUGGUCCCGGGAGACGAGGGGCGCCCCCCUGAUGAGAGCGAAGCCCCUGGACAACUGGCUCCUGCUCUUCCCCCGCCGGAACUACGACGCGGCCAACACGCUGGUGCAGAACCUCUUCAAGGUCACCCCCGCCAUGGGCAUCCAGAUGAAGAAAGCCACCAUGGUUGAAGUGGAAGACAGGACAGAGGCCUACCUGAGAGCCUUGAAGCAAACCGUUACCUCCGAUACGCAAAUGGUGGUCUGCCUCCUGUCCAGCAGCCGCAAGGACAAGUACGACACCAUCAAGAAGUUCCUCUGCAGCGACUGCCCCACUCCCAGCCAGUGCGUCCUCGCCCGCACUUUGGGCAAGGCCCAGACGGUGAUGGCCGUCGCCACCAAGAUCGCUCUGCAGAUGAACUGCAAGAUGGGAGGAGAGCUCUGGAGCGUGGAGGUUCCCCUGAAGCAGCUCAUGGUUGUGGGCAUCGACUGCUACCACGACACCUCGGCCGGCCGGCGGUCCAUCGCAGCAUUUGUUGCCAGCUUGAACCAGGGAAUGACACGCUGGUAUUCGCGCUGCGUCCUCCAGGACCGAGGGCAGGAAGUGGUGGACGGGCUCAAAGUUUGCUUCCAGGCUGCCCUGAGGACGUGGUACACCCACAACCAGCACUUGCCGUCCAGAAUAAUAGUCUACCGGGACGGAGUGGGAGAUGGCCAGCUGAAGACACUGGUCUCCUAUGAAGUGCCUCAGUUCCUGGAGUGCCUGAAAACCAUAGGCCAGGACUACAGCCCAAAACUGACUGUGAUUGUGGUGAAGAAGCGCCUGAAUAACAGGUUCUUUGCACGCAUCGAUGGGCGACUCCAGAACCCGCCGCCCGGCACCGUGGUGGACGUGGAGGUGACCCGGCCAGAAUGGUACGAUUUCUUUAUCGUGAGCCAAUCCGUGAAGUGUGGGACUGUGGCACCAACACAUUAUAAUGUGAUUUAUGACAGCAGCGCACUGAAGCCCGAUCAUAUGCAGCGGCUGACUUACAAACUCUGCCAUAUGUACUACAACUGGCCGGGCGUGAUCCGUGUGCCAGCCCCGUGCCAGUAUGCGCACAAGCUGGCCUUCCUGGUCGGGCAGAGCAUCCACCGGGAGCCCAACCUGGCCCUGGCCGAGAAUCUUUACUACCUUUGAAGAGGAAGAAGGCAGACAAGUGGCUCCUUUUCAAGUCGUGUGCCUUUCGGGGGGGGGGGGGGAGGGGUGUUUUUCUUUGUCGGUUUGGCCUUGCACUUUUUGAUAUGGUCCUAAGAUUGACCAUUUCCCAAGACGGCCAUGACCUCCCGCAUUGUUCUGUUCUCUGAUAUUCACUUGCAAUAAUGAGCGUUCUUCAGCUUAUUGUCAAAGGUUUUCACAGCUGGAAUCACAGCUGGUUGUGUGGUUGGCAUGUUCUGGCAGCAUUCUCUCCUUUGCCUGCAUCUGAUCCUCUGAAGAUUCCAGGUGAAAUGUCAGGAGAAAAUGCUGCUUGAACAUGGCCAAACAGCCCAGAAACCACACAACAUCCCAGUUCUUGUUACUUGUCUAAUUUUAUUGCUGCCAAUGAAUUCAAUUGGUACAAAGCAAGAGUUGUUCUCUUUGUUUUAAUUAUACGUGUAAAUGUUUUUUCUGACAUUGACUGUUUGCAAUGUUCUUGUGUUAACACUUGAAAUCCGUCCUGAGUCCCUUUGAGGUGCGGGUUAAGAAUAACAUAUUGUUAUUAUUAUACAAUAGUGUUAUAGUGAUGCUGUUUAAGAACCUUUAUUUUACAAUGUAUGAAAUUUUACAUGUCCAGGUUUGUUCAGUAAAGGCCUUGUUGGGCA